AUAUAUGCAUUUAGCCGAUACUGUCGAACAAAAACUUCUUGUUUUUCUGUUCAACUGCCGCGGUGACCAGCAUGAUGUCAACCGGGAGCACAGCUGACUUUCUACUGGUCCCACACAAGCUUCAGAUGUGGUAACGUUUACCCAGAAGCCCAGAACAACUGGAUGAAUGAAAACACUGGUUCUGUUCACAUGGUUGCUGUGGCUCUUGGCUCUCCGAAGGGUCUCAGAGUCCAAAUUGCACGUCCCCCUUCUUUGCCCUCCUCUCCUUUCCCGACUUCUGCUGGGUUGGUUGGUUAAAUCAGUGAGCAUUAGUGGGCGUGAGCAUGUGUGUGUGUGUGCUGGUGCUCCUAGGGCGCAUGCGAACUGAGGCCCAAAGGGGAAAGCCUUCCACACAGAUCUAAGCCAGCUGCCCUGCUCUAAACACUCCAUUGCAAGAAGAGUAGAAGAAAGAAGCGACCUGCAUGCAUCCCCCCUACCAGUGUGCUCAAAGUACACUGGCAAAGCAGCUGCCAGCUCUACAAACGGCAGACAAGCGUCUACAAAUUGUAGAUUUCGAUCUUGCAUAGGAGUCCGUAGAAGUGUUACUGCUUUAAAUUCUCAGGACUCAAAGGGCACUUGCUGCCCUGAGAGGGGGGCCUUUCAAGCAAGCUGACCUCUGAGGUUAAGCAGAAUCAGUUUGUGUGGAGGAGAGUAAGAGGGUACAGGCAGCAGUUAGCAGGAGGUGAGAGGCCACGGUGAACUGCUGCACUUCUCAAGAAGGAGACGACGCAGUUGCCAGGAAGUGGGGAAAGAGGAGGAGAUGGCCACGGGAGGAAUCACAACACUUCCCGCUACACCUGAAGACGGCGGCAGCAGCGGUUUUCCUCCUGGGAACUUCAAGGACCCUAAAAGGCUGUACUGUAAAAAUGGUGGCUUCUUCUUGAGGAUAAAAUCUGAUGGAGGAGUGGAUGGAAUACGAGAGAAAAACGACCCCCACAUAAAGCUUCAACUCCAGGCGACCUCAGUGGGAGAAGUGGUCAUCAAAGGGAUUUGUGCAAACCGAUAUCUGGCAAUGAACAGAGACGGACGACUGUUUGGAGCGAGAAGAGCAACAGAUGAGUGCUACUUCUUAGAGCGGCUCGAGAGCAACAACUACAACACCUACCGCUCCAGGAAGUACCCAAACAUGUACGUGGCGCUGAAGCGGACUGGCCAGUACAAGCCUGGAAGCAAAACUGGACCGGGUCAAAAGGCAAUUCUCUUUCUCCCAAUGUCUGCUAAAUGCUAAUC